CGCCGUCCCUAUUUUAUAAUUACUGGACUUUGUCUUCACAUUCACGUCAGCCACCUUCAGUAUAAUUCUGAAAUUUCUGUAGCUUUACAUAGCUACAACGACCAUUUUCGCCACGUGUCAAUACGAGAAUACGAGGCUUCAAGAGCCGACACUCGUCUCCUUGGACCCACUUUUUGUGCCGUUACCGUUGAACUUAGUCCUUCUGUCUUCACCAUGACGAUCACACGGAAUUACAAAGUCGACGGCCCCGAUUAAUUGUGUUUUUCAUCUUAUCGUGAACCCUCACUUGGUGAUCGCUGUACAAUUCCUUUAAUAAGAAGCUUCGAACACUGAGAGACAGAGUGACUGACUUCACUCUGUGUCUCUAAUGGGUUCUCUUCCUUUCCAAAGGUUGUUGCUUUUCCUCGCUUUCAAUUCAAUCGCAGUUUUACAGAACACCAUCAUCUUUGCAACUGCUCAGCUGCCUGGCACGUGGGAGCUUCUGGUCCCAAAUGCGGGAAUUGCGUCCAUGCACACGGCGGUGACCCGAUUCAACACGGUGGUCCUUUUAGACAGGACCAACAUCGGCCCAUCCCGCAGGAUGCUACGAAAGGGCCACUGCCGCAACGACCGAAGCGACGCCGUUCUGGGACACGAUUGCUACGCCCAUUCUGUCGUCCUCGACCUACAAACCAAUCAAAUUCGUCCACUCAUGAUACUUACCGACACAUGGUGCUCCUCGGGUCAAUUCCUCCCCGAUGGGACCUUAAUACAAACGGGUGGGAGCAUGGACGGGUUCAAGAAGAUCCGGAAAUUCGAACCUUGUGAGCCAAACGGGUCUUGCGAUUGGUUGGAGCUCCAAGAUGUGGAAUUAGGCAACGGCAGGUGGUAUGCCACAAACCAGAUACUACCGGACGGUUCGGUGGUCAUUGUAGGCGGCAGAGGAACCAAUACGGUCGAGUAUUAUCCGCCGAGAAAAAACGGCGUCGUCCCGUUUCCCUUCCUUGCUGACAUGGAGGAUAAUCAGAUGGACAAUUUGUACCCUUACGUUCAUCUCCUCCCCAACGGUCACCUCUUCAUUUUCGCUAACAACAAGGCAGUUAUGUAUGAUCCCCAAACCAAUCAAAUCAUCAGAGAUUAUCCAAUUCUCGAUGGGGGCCCACGGAACUAUCCAUCAGCAGGGUCCUCGGCGAUGUUGGCACUGGAAGGGGACUAUUCAACGGCGGUGAUAGUCAUCUGCGGUGGGGCUCAAUACGGUGCGUUUAUUGAAAGAAGCACCGACACCCCCGCUCACGGUAGUUGCGGCCGCAUCGUGGCAACCUCUCCUAACCCGGCUUGGGAGAUGGAAGACAUGCCAUAUGGGCGGAUAAUGGGGGAUAUGGUAAUGUUACCUACCGGUGACGCGUUAAUUAUCAACGGAGCCCAAGCAGGGACCCAAGGGUUCGAAUUGGCAUCAAAUCCCUGCUUAUUCCCAGUCCUGUACAGACCGGAUCAACCGGUUGGGUUACGGUUCAUGACACUAACGCCGGGAACUAUACCCAGAUUGUACCACUCUACGGCUAACCUCUUACCGGACGGGAGAGUAUUGAUUGCGGGGAGUAAUCCACAUUAUUUCUACAAAUUCAAUGCAGAAUUUCCCACUGAAUUACGCAUCGAAGCGUUUUCACCCGAAUAUCUAUCACUUGAUCGGACUAAUAUCCGACCUGUUAUAGGGGAAAUUCCGGAGACGGUACGGUACGGAGAGGUUUUUAAUGUAAUUGCGUCGGUACCGCUGCCCGUGGUGGGGAUAAUGGAGGUCAAUUUGGUGAACGCGCCAUUCGCAACACAUUCGUUCUCACAAGGUCAGAGACUGGUCAAAUUGACCGUUACACCCUCGGUGCCUGACGGCGACGGCCGGUAUAGGAUAGGAGUUACGGCGCCGCCGAAUGGGGCGGUUGCUCCACCGGGUUAUUACAUGGCGUUCGUGGUCAAUAAUGGAGUACCAAGUGUCGCACGCUGGGUGCAUUUGGUGUCUUAAAUGAUUAAAUAUGUUCUUAAACGUAUAGUUUAGGCAAGAUGAUUGCAUGGAAGCGUUUGAACUUCUGCUUUAAGUGUCAAUAAUACAUAAUUAUUCAAUUGGAUUAUUGUGACAUUACAUUA